AUGCAAUGCUUAGUAUCGUCACCAUCUAAUGGGAACUUCAAGAAAAUUGAUUUCACAGGUUGUCGUCUCAAACAAAUCUAUAACUUCUUUGUGAUGACUGUGGACGACACUGUUCUCAGCAAAGUGAUCAAGUAUGGGAAAUUAAUCAAGAAAAAAGAGAAGGUCGCUCAUGCUUUGAGCCGGUUGAAUAACAUCGAAAUGACUUUGGAAAUAUUGUCGGCCACAAAUAUCGGUCGUUAUGUGAACAGACUUUGUCACGACUCGGAAUAUGGUCGCGAUGCCUCCAGAAUCAUUGAAAAGUGGAAGGAAGUUGCACGCCAAAGUGGUGUUCGAGGUGGUGAUGAGGAUCGAAGUUCGGAAGACGGCGAUGCUUGUGAACGUGAUCAGUCGCCGGUUGCUGCUGGUGUGUCCGACGACGUCGAAGAAGAAUCGCAUUCCAGAAGCUAUAACAGUGGUCGUAGUCGCAGUCGACAUGAUUCUGGACAUGAGGACGGUUAUAGAAACGACGACACCUACGAGCAUGUUUCCACGAAACAUCGACGUAAACGUGACGAGGAUAGCGAGAGUUAUCACGACGACUAUAGGAAGGAAGAAGGAGAUCUGAAAAGACGUCGUUCCGAUGGAAAACGCCUCCAAGAUCAGUCACGCAGUCGCAGUGAACGAUAUGAUGAUGACGAUUCGGAUGAUGGAUAUCGUUAUCCUUCGGCGAAGCGCAGUCGCAAUGUGGAGCAUACGAGGGAUGAAGAGGAACAUAGUAGUGACAAUAGUGACCAUUCCCUGAACAGAAACUAUGAUAGUGAUGAGUAUCGAGAUGUUACCAGUCCCAAGUCGUUUGCAUCGUCGUCUAAGCAGAGGCAGUCAUCUUCUCAUGGCAGUUUCUCCAAGAAGAGGGACCAUCCGUCAGAGGAGUCUGAGCUAACGCAGCAUGCGUCUUCGUCCAAAAUGUCGUCAAAAACUACACCAAGCAAGAAAGUGGUUACUGAGUUCGACAUGAUGCUGCAAAGUGCAGAUUCUGGUCAGCCGAAACAUAAAAAGCAGCGUGAACCUCACUGGAAGUGGAGUGACAUGCCUGUGUUGAGCAAUUAUCAGCCAUUUCCGCAAGCACCGCGAGCGUCGAAAGAUGCAGCGCUACCUCUUGCUGACGAUUUCAACCCAGAAAACAUGUUCAAACCUCGAAACGAACGUGGUAAAGUUUUUGCUGGCCGUAGAAAAAAUACAGCAAUGAAUGUGUCUUCGUUGUUCAACAUUUGUAUCCGAGUUCUUUGCAACAAUAUUGGAGUACUAUUAUAUGCGGAAUAUAUUCCUUAUGACGUGCUAAAACCGGUCUUUGAAAGGUGUACUGUCGAAGAGCUGGCAAGUAUCGAAGCGAAACAUCCGUACCUCGAAGACGAUUCUGAUGAGCUGUGGCAGCGAUUUGUGUCGAAGAAGUAUCCGGGGGAGGAGCCAGAUUCUGAUACUUCGUGGAAGGACUUAUAUUACUCACUUGAGAAGGAAAAAGAAGACAAACUGAAGCGACUAAGCCAACGUAUCGGGAAGAUCCAUCAGGCCGAUUCAGGAAAAGGACAACGAAAGACAAUGCUGGCAGACGCAACUGCUCCUUCUUAUGUGAGACGUCGUCAGAUGCAGCACGGAAUUGCUCACGCCUCUCGUCCAUUGCCGAGCGCCAUAGAAGUAUCGAGUGCUCGUAGGAAAAUUUUUGAGACAGGAGGUUCUAAAGCCGCUUUGGCUGCUAUUCCUUCGGCUGUCGUGAAUCGUAACUCAACGGUUGGUGCGAAAACCGAUCGUAACGCAAAGAAAGCACCUGCGAAAAAGGGUGCACUUAUGAUUAAAACCAUGAAAAUGCUCAACAUGAAGCGUAAGUAG